GCGGGCGCUUUCCUCUGGGCGGGCGGUUUGGGUGCUUACUCGGACCGCCCGAGGGCGCGGGGCUCCGGGGUUCGGGGCUCGCCCCCCGCUCCGGGCAGGCGCGCCUAUGGCGUUUGUAAGGUGACGCUGCGCUCACCGACUUUCUCCGGGGGCGGAGGAAGCACCCAUGAACCCUUCGGCGACCUUCCUCGUCGGGCGCCAGAACAUCGGGUCAGAAGUUGAGAUUUCCACUAUCGAGAAACAACGGAAAGAGCUGCAGCUGCUUAUUGGAGAAUUAAAAGACCGCGAUAAAGAGCUCAAUGAUAUGGUUGCAGUACAUCAGAGACAACUUCUUUCAUGGGAAGAGGAUCGGCAGAAAGUGUUGACUUUGGAAGAACGUUGCAGCAAAUUAGAGGGUGAACUACAUAAAAGAACUGAAAUAAUCAGGUCACUCACAAAGAAGGUAAAAACCCUUGAAUCUAAUCAGAUUGAAUGCCAAACGGUUCUUCAGAAGACUCAGCUACAGCUUCAGGAAAUGGCUCAAAAGGCAACCCAUUCCUCUCUCCUCUCUGAAGACCUUGAGGCUAGAAACGAAAAUCUCAGCAACACAUUAGUGGAACUUUCUGCCCAGGUAGGACAAUUACAAGCUCGAGAACAGGCUCUCACUACAAUGAUAAAGCUAAAGGACAAAGAUAUUAUUGAGGCUGUCAAUCACAUUGCAGACUGCUCAGGAAAAUUUAAACUGUUAGAGCAUGCCUUGCGUGACGCGAAGAUGGUGGAGACUUGUAUUGUGAAAGAGAAGCAAGAUUACAAGCAGAAACUGAAGACACUUAAAAUUGAAGUCAAUAAACUGAAAGAGGAUCUAAAUGAAAAGACAACAGAAAAUAAUGAACAACGAGAAGAGAUCAUUCGUCUCAAGCAAGAGAAAAGUUGCCUGCAUGAUGAAUUGGUUUUUACUGCAGAGAGAGAAAAAAGGAAAGAUGAGUUACUUGAUAUUGCAAAGUCAAAGCAAGAACGUACAAAUGCAGAACUGCAUAAUCUGAGACAGAUUUAUGUAAAACAACAGAGUGAUCUGCAGUUUCUUAAUUUUAAUGUGGAAAAUUCUCAGGAAUUAAUACAGAUAUAUGACUCAAAGAUGGAGGAAUCAAAGGUUCUGGAGUCCAGCAGAGACAUGUGUUUGUCAGACCUUGAGAAUCACCGCCCAAAAGUCGAUAUUAAGAGGGAGAAAAAUCAGAAGUCAUUGGUUAAAGAUCCAAAAUUUGAGACCACGUUGAUUCAGCAAAAUCGGUCAGACAGGAGCCCUUGUGAUCUGUGCAAAGAGAAGAAACGACAGGGUAAUACUUCAUUUGGGGAAAAAAGUGUAACUGCUAUCUCAUCUCUGUUUACAAAAGAUGUACUGGAGAAGCAAAAGUCUUGGUCUCUGGGAGGAAAAAUGCAGAUCGAAUCAGAAAACAAAAGUACAUUGUGCAAGAUCCAUGCAAAGUCACCAAAAGGUAAUGGGAUCGGGACUCAGAAUGAAGAGAAACAACUCUCUGAAGCAUCCACCUCGUUAUCUGAUGAGAAACAGUGGCAUGAUGUCAAUGUGUACCUGGGCCUGGCCAGCUGUUCUAGUUCCAGACAACCAGAAAAGCUGGAUGUUGAAAGUCAAGAUGACAUAGAAAGGUCUGGAGUCUCCUGUUGCCAUAAAAAUGAAACCUGUCUUGGGGAGAGUGACAUGUAUGAGUCCAAGUGCUGCCACCCGAGUAACUUCAUCAUUGAAGCCCCAGGCUACAUGUCUGACAUGGAGUGGAUGAGCAUUUUCAAGCCUUCUAAAGUGCAAAGAAUUGUUCGCCAUAAAUCUGUGUGUACUUGCUCAGAAAGUGCCGGUGGAAGGAAAUACAACUCCGCCAUGAGUGAGCUAAUUGCCAUCCAGCAUUCCCACUGUUUGGGUUCUUCAAAAUCUGCCACAAGAGAGGAUGAGAAAUUAAUAGACACAGAGCCCUCUUCUGAUACAAAGAACUCACCUAAGAUUUUGUUAUUCAACAAAGAGGCACCAUUGUCCACUGACAAGGAUGACUUUUCGCCCACAAGCAAGCUUCAGCGUUUGCUGGCAGAGUCUCGCCAGAUGGUUACAGACCUAGAGCUGAGUACUCUGCUCCCCAUCAGCUCUGAGAAUCUCAGCAGCAGUGCCAGAAAUAACUUAGAAGUCUCAGAAGAGUCAGCUCAGAAAACUGCCUUUCUUAGUAAUUGAAGAAAACAGAAGUCAGCUUCACUGUUCAUUGUGGUCAUAGAAGCUGAUUUCUCAUCUUUGGAAGGCAGGAAGCAGACAUCAAUACCUAAUACUUAACCUUGAAAACAAAAAGGGGAUUGUAAUCCUUUGUAAGGAACAUUUAAUACCAAAGGGAAGCAGAAACUGAAAGUUAAUUUUUCAACAUCUAUAUUUUAUUUGUUUUCAAGCUGACCGUUUUCAUUUUGAAGAAAUUUUUUUUUUACGUGUAAGAAAUAGACCUUACUGUGUAUUAUCUAUAUAUAAACUCGGAAUUAUGCUCAGAGAGAAAAGGACUUCUCUGUAAAGAUGCAGACUACAGUUAAAUACUAGAGAAGCUCUUUAAAAGUGUGGACAUCCAAUAGAGAAUCCCUGCAUGUAAAAUGCUUUUUUUAACUAUCUGAUUGUUUAAAAACCUGUGCAUACAUUUAAAUUAUAACCAACAGCUUCUCAAGAGUCAGCUGCAGAUAUAUGAGAAGUAGUAGUCUCUUCUUUUGUGGCUCUAGCCCUGAACUUUGCUGUGUAAAAUAGACAUAAAAUGAUAUGAUACAAAAUAUUUUAACCGGAAAGUAUCUCCUCAGUUACUGACAAUUGAGGUCCUUCUGUCCCAAAGCUGAACAGAGCCCCAUCUCGUCUGGGUCUGUAGUAAGUCCCAUCUACUUACACAAACAAAAGCUUGCUGGAAGAUCAAGUUUUAUAUGCCUUUUUUUUUUUUUAUCAUUAAAAACCAGAACACUUCCCUUUUAACUUAUAAUUUAAUUUUUUAAAGAAUAUACUAUGUGCAUUUCUGUCCCUUCUAAGAGAAUUGAUCAGCUUCAUUCAAUAAAAAAUAUUUUUAAUAAGAAAGAAAAAAAUAAUUUUCUUGGGUUUCUUUUUAUUAUGCAGGAGCAAAAUAAGGAAGGUUAUUCCCUUGAAACCGAACCUGGCAAGUUAAUUUCCUCAGGAAUGGGAAUGUAUUUUUUUUUUAAGCAUUGCAGAUAUCAAGGUUCCGUUGUGCUGUAUGAAUGCCCCUUUGUUGAAAGGUUUCAGUGCUACUUCAGAGAUGAUUUUCCUGAGACUGGAGGAGCCACCCCAUUUAGCCUUUUAAUUAGGGUGCCGAAAAGAGAAAUUGGGUGAGGUUUGCCUGUGUUCCUUAUAAAUGCUUGCUUUCUCCCUCAGGCACGGCCGGUUUGUAUAGAGGAAGUCUGAGAAAGGUAGAGUUGAUUCUGAGCUGUUGGAAACCUAAAAUGUCCCUGGAGAGGCUCAUUUCCAGUCUGAGAAACAAAAUAUGAAAAUUUCUCCUCUUUAUGCUAGGUUUGUGGCUACAUGUCAUCUUGCCCAGUGAAAAGAGAAGGAGAACACUGAUGAAAUGCUAAGAAGUAGGAAAAUUUCAGGGAACUAAAGAAUGAAAAAAGUCAAAAAUUAUUUUGUGGCUAAAUGUAUUUGAGCUCAUAGGAUUACCGUAUCUACUCUACCCAUCUUACCCCACACGUUACUGUGAAGUAUAGCACAUAUAACUAAAAAAUGGGGAAUCUUAAUACUAUUACCAACUUAUCUAUCUCAGCCUAAGUUAUUUAAAUAUGUGAGCAGUUUCUGUUAUGGAGAGUCAGCCCUCGGUCUGUUUGAAAGAGUUGCAAGAUAAAACUGAACAUUUAUAUUUUGUCAUCAGCAUUCUUCCAUCUUGAGAGGAAUAGUACUGUAAUUCACCUGCCAGAAAUCAUCUCAGCCAUCAGAAGAGACUGGUGUAAUUUUAGAAUUUGUGGACAGAUCUUCUAAAGUGAAAUAGAAAUACCCCCAAAGGAAGAAAUUCUGAAUCAAGAUAAUACGUAAACACUAAAAGCAGUUUUACCUAAAAAGUUAUAGUAGAAAAGCGUGGUAUUGAGAGGCUCAGUGGGGUGAGGUUGGUUUAGACGAAGAAACCAGACACGUUAAUCAGGACCACAAUAGACAAGGUAGGUUAAAAACCAGAGUGGUGUUAUAUGCAAACAGUCAUGGAACACUACAUCAAAAAAAUAAAUAAAAAUAAAUGAAUAAAUAAAUAGGGAAACAACAAAAAACCCAGAGUGGUCUUUGAGAGGAGUUUAUCAAAUGAGGAGGGCACAUUAAUCAGUCCUAUAAAGGAUGAUUUCUGGGUUCUCAGCCAAAUGCACACUUAGGACAUCUAACAAAAAAAAUAAUUUGAGCACACAGUAAAUACUGCUUUGCUGGCCACUGGAGACACAACAGUGAACAAAGAAGACUGAAUCCUUGUUUACAGUGAAGGAGACAGACCUUAAAUAAUCACAAAUAGUUCAUGAAAAACUGGUAAGUGCUAUGAAAUAAAGCUUGGAGCUACUGUGACAACAUACAUCAGGGGCUUAGGUCAAAGGCGGAGUCUUCAGGGAAGGCUUCCCUGAACUAAGCUGAAAGAUAAGUAGAUGCCAACCAGCAAACAGGAAGAGGAAGAGCAUUCCUCACAAUGGUAAUAGCAUACGCAAAGGCCCUAAGGUGGAAAGGAGCUUGGUGCAUUUCCAUACCUGAUGGACUAGGAUGGCAUAAGAUGAAGCUGGACUGAGGGGUUGGGGCCAGAUCAUACACACGUGUCAGUGAGGCAGUGUGGGGGUUGCAGCUCCAUCAUUUCAGUAAGCCCAAUGAUGUAAACCCUACUGUUCGUCUUUCUUGGGUUUUCCUUGACAUGAGGUCUUCGUAACCCAAAUCCUUUGCCUUUGUAGUAACCUGCGGGAAGCAUGAAAACAGCCCUGGAGAUACACCAAAAUGGCACCCUGAUUCUGAUGACAUGGAGAAUCUCAGCUGACCAGUGAUGGAGCCAGUACUAGAACCAGGUCUCCUGCCCGAAGAUGCUACCAGAGAUGAACCUUGGCAAAUUCAGAGUGGGGAAGCUUAUACCCUUGUGUCCCAUGCUGCUCGUUUUAUAAAACUAAGCCAUAUGUUAAAGUGUACCAAA